CGCAGGGUCACUUCUUUUGGGGGAAACGAAAUUCCGAAAAGUUUGAAAGUCCCGCCAUGUUAUUACCUUCUUUCCACCGUUCUUCUCUCCCUAACUCAUAUACCCCCAAAAAAACCCUAAUAUACUCUCCUCUUUUCUCCCACAGCAAACUCGCACCAUCACAUACCUAUGGAGGAGAUCGCUACCUGAAAAGUGAUCUCCUGUUGCUUCCCUCUAAAGAAUUCACAAUGCGAGAUGAUGUUUAUAAUUUGGAAAAUGAAGAACAUACGAGGUUAAAGAUGAUGAUGUUUUUGACUGAAUUGGAUAUUAAUCUGAAACAGAAGAUUAAAGAUGUCGAUUUGUUGCUUAUUGAAGAAGCUAAUAUCAAAGUUUGA